CACUACUUCACCGACCAACGCCGACCCGCGCCUCAAUUCAACUGCAUCUGCACCACCACCUUUGCUCGCAGUCGGAGGCCCAGCAAUUACAGGGCGGACAACGCAACGCAUCGCAACCCACCAUCACAUCCCGAUCGAGCCCACGAAUCACAAUGGCAGCCCCCAUCGAUGCGGCUGAAGCCUCCCAGGGACCCCUCCCCUCCAUCAGCCUCCUUACCGACGGCUGCGUCAACUACAUCGGCAUCAACAUCGCCGUAACCCCCGAGAUCAAGUCCAGCAUGGCCGCCCGCCUGCUCCGCUACGAAGCGCCUCGACCACACUCCACGAACCCGUUGCCCACCAUCCCAGCCGGUCGCUCUCGCUACAUAAUCCCGCCUCCUUCUCGCCGUCGCUCCAGUCGCUUUCUCCUCAAAGACACGGAAAAACUUUCCCCAUCCGCUACCACUGGAACCGCCGCCGAUGAACCCGUGGUCUGGCUCCCUGUGCAGCAAGUUUGGGUCAAGAACCGGCAGGGCAACGUCGUGCCGCCGUCGAACAAGCUACUAAACGGUCCCCAAAGCUUUGUCAGUCUGUUGGGUCGCGAUGGCACGUAUGCGGCUGUUUUCCAUGUCUCGCAGGUUGAGAAGGUGAUUGCGUACAUUGCCGAUGUCAACUCGGCCAAGUCGGAGCGGUUGUGCAUUGCUACCGGUGGGGUGGACUUUCCCGAGGACGAGAGACGGUGGAUGUAUGUGGUGUCUUGUCACUCUUAUGUCGGCGCGGCUCCGGCAGAUUGGGAGGGCUUUGAGGGUAGCGGUUUGGAGAAGAAGGUCGAGGGAGAUGACAGGGUUGAAGACAAGGACGGCCGCUUCGGUGAUCGUGCCUGAGGAUCUGGAACGGUAAGACCGGCGAAACUCACGAGCUACGACACGAAAUGGCUACCAUGUCCUCCUGGAUCUCUCCCCAAAGUCUCGGCGAAGUAACACAACAGGAGCGUAUGACCUAAAUCCCGCUGUCGGCUUCAGCAACCGUCAGCAGAAGCAUCCAAACAAUCUCGG